UUCUCAAACUUGUGUUAUUCGCAUCAAUAUUUCCAUUUAGGCCAUUAUCAACAUUCACCAACCAUCAACCAUGGGUGUUUUCACUUUUGAGAACGAAAUCACCUCUACUGUGGCUCCUGCUAAGCUAUACAAAGCCAUGGUUAAAGAUGCCGAUAAUCUCAUCCCAAAGGCUGUUGAGGCCAUUCAGAGUGUUGAAACCGUUGAGGGAAAUGGUGGCCCCGGAUCCAUCAAGAAGCUCACUUUCCUUGAGGGUGGGGAAACCAAGUAUGUUUUGCACAAAGUUGAAGCAAUUGAUGAGGCUAACUUUGGAUAUAACUACAGCAUAGUUGGGGGCGUUGGGUUGCCAGACACAGUGGAGAAGAUCUCAUUCGAUUCCAAAUUGGUUGCUGGUCCCAAUGGAGGGUCUAUUGGGAAGGUCACUGUCAAGUACCAAACCAAAGGAAAUGCUGAGCCCAGUGAAGACGAACUCAAGAAUGGCAAAGCCAAAGGCGAUGCUCUUUUCAAGGCCAUUGAGGGUUAUGUUUUGGCUAAUCCUGAUUACAACUGAAGUCUAACCAGCAAACAGCUUCCUUAAUUAUAUGGAGUUUUGUUGCGUCUUAGUGUGUGUGUGCUUAAG